AUGAGCACUCGUGGAGGUCAACAAGAAAAACAACCAUUGUCAUCUCAUGAUCCGGCACGUUCUGAUCGUCAGCGCUUGAUUUAUCACACAGUACCAAUUCGGAGUGAACUGCCAAAAAUUUCGAAAAGCUAUGCAGCUGAACCAUCGAAGGAUCUUCCAUCAGACAAUUUCUGGACAGAUGUAGUUCAGCGUACAAAUACGAACGAUGCUGCGAAUGAAUUGCCUGGGGCGCAAAGCCAUACUACAUCUACUGCACAAUACAAACUCUUGUAUAGUAAAGCAAAUGGACCGUACACCCAUGCUGAUGGUAGUCAUCCAAUUCUGACAGCAUUUCUCAAUGCUUAUAAUUCUCAUGAAGACAUUAUCUUAUCACCAGAUGACAUCUGGCUUAUGGUGUGUAUCGGCUUUUCGAAAUAUGUCAAUGAUAAUGCGGAAAAACUUCGUCAUUUUUUUGUUGAUCAUGAUGGCAAAAAGGAAUUGACUGUGACGCAUAUACUUGACAAACCCAAUUGGAAUCGUUUCUUGGAAGAUAUGCGCCUGGAAGUCAAUAAAAAUGUCAAAAAUGAUGUUUGUGAUCUUCUGUCGAAUAAUUUCUCCACGACGACCCAGGUGGAAUCACUCGUCUCAUGUGUGGCUAUUAUGACCACAUUCAAGAAAUACUUCGAUUAUGAUUAUUGUGUUGCAGGGUGUGGAAUUCGUAAUGUUCACUUUAUGGGUACUUUGGAUGACUGGAAGCUUUUGCAAGAAAAAACUAGACAAUUGCAAUCGUUCAGCACUCCUGAAGACGAAUUUGCUACGUAUAUCACUGGUCUACUACCCAUUCUCAAUCAGUGUAUUCAAACCUAUGAGGGUAAGGUCGAUAAUCAAUUCUGGGAUACCAUUUUUGAUCUGAAACACAGAAAUGGCAUGUCGGGUAUGAAAGAUGGAACUUACGUGAAUGGUUGGUUUCUUCGACUUUGUUAUGGAAAUCACUGGGAUGGAAGUUACCAUAUGGAAGAUAUUAAACUGAAUUCGUUAGUUGUACCAGUCAAAGUCAAAGAUGAAAAUGUAAAUGAGUCGAAAAUGUGUUAUUUUGCCGGAGGCUUUCACGGUGUUGACUCAUAUGAUGGUAUGCACAAACCAGUGAUGAGUCUGGCGAUCGUUGAAGAUUCCAACAGCAUUCAAAAAUUGUACUAA